AAAUGUUCUCCACUGCGGUGGAUAGCUGUUUUUACGGCUGAGUAUAAUGACUCCAGUCACUCCUGGCUGCUGAGAUGAUGACAGGAGUCUGUCAUGUGUGCAGAAAACUUCCUGCGCCGCAGCUCCUCCUCAGCCUGCCUGUUAUUGUUUACGGUCGCACUCAUGAAAAGUAGGUCAUGGAAAACAGAAGCCCGGCGCGCUGUCUUGUCUGAACUAGCUUGUAAUACGAGACACUCAAGGGACGACGUCUUUGCGGGUUUAGCGGUUUUUAUGUAGAAACUGAAUGUGACCAACAGUCAGGUAAUAAGAACGUCUCGCUUUUAUUUUUCAGCAAUGGUAGCAGCGGUUAGCUAACGAAAGCUAACUAGCUAGCCUAAACAGCAGCUGGACUGAUGCUGUUCUUCCAACAUCUGGACUAAACCUCAGCAGACUGGCAGGUUCUUCCUACAGUGAGACUCUGCUGCCAUGUCCAGGAGAAGCAGGAACAGUCGUGCAUGGAGAUAUGUGUGGGGAGGCAUACGGAGGGAUGCUGAUGCCCGGGCCCUUGUGUUGGCUUCUGAGAGUGAAGAAUGGAACUAUGAUCGCCUUGAGUACGCAAGUGAUUCAGACUCUGAGGGAGACUUUUCAGCAGUGAUGGUCCCACCGGUCCCCAGCGCAGUACCCGUCACCGGAGAGUCCUACUGUGGUUGUGAUUCCCAGGCAGAGACCAGCUACAACCCUCGUCUGCGAGGCUUUCUCCAGGUUAAAGACUGCCACUGUGGAGAGGAUGACCAAGAUUUUGAUUGGGUUUGGGAUGCCAACAGCCGAUCAACGGCAACAUUACUGAGCUGCGAAAAUCGCAAAGUGAACUUCCACUCUGAAUACAGCUGUGGUACAGCUGCAAUCCGCGGCUCCAAGGAGCUUGCAGACGGGCAGCACUUCUGGGAAAUUAAGAUGACGUCCCCAGUGUAUGGAACAGACAUGAUGGUUGGUAUCGGUACAUCUGAUGUUAAUCUGGACAAAUACAGACAUACCUUCUGCAGCCUGCUGGGAAAAGAUGCAGACAGCUGGGGGCUUUCUUACACUGGCUUGUUGCAUCAUAAAGGAGACAAAAUGAACUUCUCCUCACGUUUUGGUCAAGGUUCCAUCAUUGGAGUUCAUCUGGACACGUGGCACGGCACACUUACAUUCUUUAAAAAUCGAAAGUGCAUAGGAGUUGCUGCUACAGAGCUGCAGAAUAAGAGGUUUUAUCCAAUGGCGUGCUCCACAGCGGCGAAGAGCAGCAUGAAGGUCAUCAGAUCCUGCUCUGCACCCACCUCCCUGCUGUACCUGUGCUGUGCUCGUCUUCGCCAGCUGGUGCCAGACUGUAUAGACAUCCUAGAUGUGUUGCCCCUACCACCUGGCCUGCGUCAUUUGCUCCACAACAAACUGGGUUGGGUGCUCAGUCUUAACUGCGGCACAAUGGAAGAAACCCCAGAUGGGGCUGAGCAGUCCUCACGUUUGCCUGUCCCCGCCUUGGCAGGACCGUCCUCCUCUGAGAGCGACUCAGAGGGUUGUUCGUCCGAUCCGGAGGCCUGUCAGAGGAAGAGAUGCCGCUGGACAUGACUGGGCGACUCGCAUCCUACCUCCCUGGCAGACAUUAGUGUCCUUUGGCAUCUGAUGUAGUGUUACUGAACUGCCUCAAGCUUUCUUUAUUAGUGUCGUCUGGAGAAAGUAACGAGGGCGGUUGAGCGGAGGGAACUAAACGUCGGUGGAAAACUGUGAUCUUCUCUCAUGCCAUUCUUCAUGCUCAUCACAUGUCGAGUAUUAAAGCCAGCUUCAGUAAAAGGUGAAAAUAUACCAUGUUAUUUUGUUAUGGGUGGAUGUGGUGGUCAUCAAAAUGGGGAGGGUUAAAAAAAACAGAUACUGUAUAGAAAUUUUCUGUAUUUUCAUCCCGUAUCCUGCAUUUAAUGUCUGUUUUUCUCACUUUAAAUGUUGUCAGUGAGUUAUCAGAGGACUUUGUUACUUGUUUCAAUGGCAUCUGCAAGUUUCUCCUAUGUUGCUCAGAAUCAGCUGAUAUUCUAUAUUUUGUAACUACUGUUCGCUCCUUAAAUGCUAAAAGUUAACAGUAAAUGAACCUGAGUGCACUUUGCAGCUUUUAGCCUUAAAAAAAAGCGAUAACGUUUGAGCAAAGCAUGCACCUCUCACGACACAUCAGAUAAUCGUCAUUUCUUGAAAAAUAUCUGUUAUAUGCUACAUUCACGGAGACAUCAUCCAUCUAGCUUCCAGCUUUUUUUCCUUCUAAAAAGCUGUGUGCAUUAUUUAGUGUAGCCUUUUAAUGCUGAUAUUUUAACUUUUUCAUUGCUGUUACUUUUUAUGUUUUAAAAGUCAAAGUUUCUUUCUUUCUAGAUCCAUCAUCAAGCUAUUAUUUUGGUAUGUCUGUUUAUUCAGCUCUUUUUUUAAAAAGGUCUUUGUCAAAGCAGCUUUUCUGGCCCCGAAUUAAGUUCAAGCUCUGUGUUGUAAAUCCACUCAGUGCAGUGGAUGAGCAGAAAAUAGGACAUAUGAAAUUGUGUACAGAAAGAUAUCCAUCCUCCUGCUGUGUAAUCGGCUCCCACACUAUGUGUUUAAUAUGAAUACGGUUCACUUUGUCCAAAUAUGGGUUUAUAUGGCUAAAGGUGUCAUCAUUGUGACAGACUCAGUGCUACUACUGCUACAAUGACCAUUGAGACUGAGACCAUGCACAGUCAGGUCGAGGAGUCUGUGAAAAGGAUUGUUUUGGCUCUGUUCACCACCACAGUCGAUCUGAAGUGAAGCAGUCAAGCUGUGACUGAAAUGUAGACGUAUCAAGAGACUUAAUAUCCUUUUUUUCUCUCAUUUUCAAUGGCGAUCGUGGCUCAAGAGUUGGCAGUUCGUCUUGUAAUCGGAAGGUUGCCGGUUCGAGCUCCGACAGUCUCGGUCGUUGUGUCCUUGGG